AUGGAACCCUCCUUCGACACAAUGACCAUGCCCUACCUGGCGAGUCCGCUCUCGCUGGGCCACAUGCAGGGCACCGACUACCUCAAUUCAUUGCCCGGUCUGGAUAUCCCAGACCAGCGCUCCAACUUUGACGCUGAAACGUUCAUCAGUGGCGAUGACAUGAGUUUCUCGCAGGCCAAUAUGUCUCAAUUACGACGCUUCAGCUCAUACGAGGAUGCUUUUCCCGCUCCUCCCGAACUGCUACCUCCUUUCGAAACCGUACCUCCCGAGCAACAAAAUAGCGACUCCAUUGAUGGAAAUCACAAGCUGCUCUCGUUCUCUCUGCCCGUCUACGGCUUCACCCUCCUCGACUACUCCCUCCGCCGUACCUCAUUGAAUGUCUCCGCUCAGCUGCAUGGAAUGUUCUUCCUCGCCGAGUCCCCGUGGACCAACUCUCCCAACGAGGUGCCACCUCCACACGUCGCAGAGCUUACCUGCUACCGACGAAAUCUGUUCCAGAUCACCGGUUCCGUGACUCUACCCCGAAGCCUCCGGUAUAUCAUGACCGAACAGGGUGACCGCAUUCCCAUCCUCGCUCAAGAAUUGACCGUGUCUGCUACCGAGUCGGUUGAGGGAAACCCUGUGAAGAUUAUCUCCGUUCCCUGGAAGACACCAGCGGCCGCCGCUGCAAACGGCAGUGCCGUGGCUGCUCCAUCCGCAGCCGAAGAAAAGGCCGAAAAGGAGCCUCCGUCGAUACCUCUAGAUACCAUGGCUGCUGGACAGGACAUGGACUCCGAUUAUGCGACUUUCCCCAUCGCCUGGAAACGUCUUCAAUUCCGGAUAGCAACCGCCAACAAUGGUCGCCGCAAGGAACUUCAGCAGCACUUUGUUGUACGUCUCAAGGUUGUUGCAACUCUCUCUACUGGAGCCAAGAUCCCUAUCUGUGAGGUGCACUCAGGACCAGUGAUUGUCCGUGGCCGUAGCCCACGUAACUUCCAAUCUCGCAAGGACCUUCCCCUCAGCGGCAGUGCAGCUUCCUCCAGGAAGAACCAACAAGCAGCCGCACGAAACAGUGCCAUGGCCGCUGAAGCCCAGGCAAAAGCCACAGCUGCUUCCACUAGCAAGAACACCGCUUCCCCAUCUGAGAUGUCUCAAAUAUUUUCCUUCGACGCGGGCAUUGCACAGCCCCGGACUAACUCCUCUCCUCCGUUUGGAGACUGGACACAAAUCCCUCCCCCAGUCACCACAACAGGCGCUCUGGCGACUCCUACUUUUGCUCCCUCUCAUGGACUUGCUGCAUAUCCCCAGUCGAGUCCAACCGUGACUCGUGGUGGCGAACAUCCCGCAAACGUUGCGGGUACACCGCCAAUCAAUCUAUCACUCAUGGAAGAUGAUUUCAAAACUCCCAAUAAACCAACAGAUCCUCAGCGUGGAGUGACAUCCCGUGAAAAUAGCUCCGCCAGUGUUCCGGUCUCAUUGGCUGGACAGAAACGUUCCAGCCCUGAAUCCUCUGGAGCACCGCCAGCAAAGAUCCAGAAGAUGAUCCCCACUGGUAGUGUACCAAGACAACGACCGGCAAGAGCGCUCUCGGCGUCUCUGCCAGUUCUACAGACUUCGAAUGUAUUGCCACCAUAUCAUGCAACUCCGUCCUCAUAUCCCACCGCCAUGCCUUACUCUGGAGAAACAGCUGAUUUACUGUACGAGUAUUUCCCACUGAGCAUGGAUGACUGGCAGGCACCAGUGGAUGCUGUAUACCGACCGCAUGUGGUACAUCACACGCACAUGCCCAUGGACUACAAGUUCAUGGCAUCCCGAAAUCGGAGCAAACGAUAUUUCGCUGCCGAAGACGUUUGCUAG